GCAAGGUCUGCCUUCCUGCAAUAUCUCUCAAUCAUGAGGUGAUGAAUUUCACAUCAAGUGGAGUAUCAUACAUCCAGAAUCAGGACUUGAACCAAAGUCAGUCCGGAUUCAUGCAAUGAACUAGCACGCCAGCAGCAAUAUCCUCCAUCGCGGUUAACGGCCAAUCGGCACAGUAAGCUGGAAAUGAAGUUUCUCCUGGGUUUCCUAUUAGCCGCCGCCUCGCUCACAUCCGCCACUGUUCAGCUUUUCCCAAAGGAUCCCAUUGUUUCCCUACAGCUUUAUGCUGACCUGGAGGAACUCGCUCGACUGGUCGAUAUUGCCUACUGCGUCGGCUCAACCAGUCUGGGUAUCGCAUCCCCAUUCCGGUGUCUCUCUCGUUGUGCCGAAUUUCCAGCAUUCGAGCUCGUCACGACCUUCAAUACGGGCCUGCUCUUCUCGGACUCAUGUGGCUACAUCGCCUUGGACCAUGACAGGCGACGGAUCAUCGUCGCGUUUCGCGGAACGUACAGUCUCGUAGACACCAUCGUCGAUUUGAGCACGAUUCCACAGGAAUAUGUGCCAUUCCCAGGCAACGGCGACAGUGACAAAGAUGGUCAAAGCGAUGACGGACAACAAUCGCUCGCGUGCAACAACUGUACCGUCCAUGCUGGCUUCUACUCUUCUUGGCUGAGCACCCGUUCAAUCAUAGUGCCAUACUUACAGGCAAAUAUCGCUCGCCUUCCAGGAUACAAACUGCAUCUUGUAGGACAUAGCCUUGGUGGCGCCAUCGCAGCUCUCGCCGGUUUGGAUUUUCUCUCCCGCAAUUGGAGUCCUACGGUCACUACGUUUGGCGAGCCGCGAAUCGGAAAUGCGGCUCUCAACCGAUUUCUCGACGACCGCUUCGGUCUGAAACAUAGCUCCAACACAACAUCCUUUCCACAGCCAACGCAUGGCCCCGAAGUAUCCGAUAAGAUCGUUAUCGGAGUUGACCACCUCACAUAUCGCCGCGUGACCCACAUCAAUGACCCCGUCCCUCUCCUUCCGCCACGUAAUGUUAUCAUCGGAGAUUAUUCGCCCCACGCUGGCGAGAUUUUCAUCUCAUCAUCAGCUCCGCCUCCAGAGCUGUCGUCGGUCCGCCAUUGCGAAGGAGAUUCUGACAUCAAUUGCUCUUCUUCACAAGACAACCACAAAAAGCCUGAAGAGGAGCCGUCUGAGUCUGAAAGAAAUCCUACGAGAAGCAAUCUUCUCGCGGGCGUACAGCACGAGCUGAUUGAAGCUCGAGCAAGGGAGGAUCCCUGGUGGGACGGAGGACUGCCGCCCGAACGUUAUCGCUUCUGGCAGCUGUUCUGGGCGCAUCGAGAAUACUUUGUGAAGAUCGGGCUAUGUAUUCCCGGUGGUGAAGGCAUUCUACUUGACGAGCAAGGCCAUGCCAAAAAGUUUGAUAUGCACGAGAAAACCGACCUCUGAGUUCGCUUUUACCUAGUACGUCAUUCCACCCCUGGGAAGAUUGGAAAUGGAGGAUAAGACGCGGAUUCCCAAGAGACCAUAGAGCCUGGGGGAAUCUCGUCAAGGCUCGUUUCUUUUGCUAUCGACAGUGCGCACGUAAGCUGCAUGUCAUGUCUCUUGUGGGAUUGACGAAUCGAUAGGUUGGACAAAUACACACGUCACAACUCUGGUAAUCGCUUCACGCUUUCCUAGCAAAGGUUACAGGGACCCUAUUCGGGUGUGUAUACAGACGCUCAAUCGGUUCGAGAGUGCUUAUCCACCAUAAUCAUGGCAGAAGAUAUGGUAUCUAGAUUCAGUUUGGUCCUACGUGUGCGAAUGAAGUGCCAGGCCAUAUGCUCCAAUGUCAAGCAUGGGAUAGACAAAUUGCAUUCUCCCAUUAUCGCCUUGCAUGGCUAAUAUCCAGCU